UUGCUCCUUCAGAUUGUUAAAUACUUGACAUUAAACAUUAUCAAGUUCAAUCCACAAAAUGUCAAUAAUUUUCUACUACCUAGUAUACGCCCUUUGCUUGGCAAUCGCAGCCACUUAUGACGUAGAAAAAAACAUUUAUUGCAACGACUGUUCGGCGGAAAAUAAAAAUUGUAAAAUCAGUGAAUUUGGACGCAGUUGCAGGGGCCUGCCCCCCGACUAUAACAGCAGCAGUGCCGACGGUUUGGGCGCCUAUAACCCUUUGGAACAUGGACAUAGUAGCAGCAAUCUUGACGACUGCAUUCCAUUCGGCAUGAAUGUAAGAGACCUCGUUACAGAGGAUCACUAUUUCUGUUGCACUUGGUCCAAGGAGCUUGGCUGUCAGCAGAUCAAGUUCACGACACAUCACCUCUUUGUGCAGUGCAAUUGGUGUGUGCCCGAGCCGCAGCCUGUUAGAAAGGAGGAAUAUCAUCGCUGUCCCUGCAACAAAUGCCCUGGAGAGCUGUGCGACGGUACCUGUCUCAUUGCCCUAGGCAUAUCCUUCUAUAGCGUUUCAAAACGCUAUCUGAUUUCCGCCUAACGAUGACUCAGCCUCUUGCCGGAAGAAGAACUCAAAAACAGGCAGUCAAAACACACUCUACUCUGAAG